GAGUUCGCUUGUCAAACGCGUGGCUCGUGGUUCUAGAUUUCAAGCCAACGCGAUGGACGAGGAGCAAGCUUCGAAAUUUGCACUUCACGCGAGCUGUCGCGAAGGUCAGACACGACAGGUCGAAUCGCUGCUGAACGCCGAUAAGAAACUCGCCAACAGACGAGACGAUGACGAUCGACUCCCGCUACACUACGCCGCGUCCUACAAUCGGACCGCCGUUGUCGAGAUAUUGUCAGACGUGAAGGGGUUCGAUGUCGACGCACAAGAUGGAAGUGGAUGGACGGCCUUGAUGAUGGCAGCGAGCUUGAAAGACGGCGACGAGAUGGUGGAUCUGCUGCUCAACAAGGGCGCCGACCCAGACGUCAAGAACAACAAUGGACAAACCGCCCUGUUCUUUGCUGCAUCCAAGUCGAACCUCGACACGGCGAAGAAGCUCAUUGCUCACAAAGCCAGUGCCAGGGUCAAGGACAGGCGCGGACAAAUGCCCCUCCACAGAGCUGCAGCGGUCGGCAACGUACCCAUUGUUAAGCUGUUGCUGGAGCAUCGCAGUCCCGUCAAUGGAUCAGAUGUUGACGGGUUGACGGCAUUGCAUCACGCCAUUGCCGAGGGACACGGACAAACAGCCGUGGAAUUGUUGAAGGCUGGAUCAGAUGGCUCGAAACGAGACAGUGAAGGCAAGUUGCCCAUACAGUUAGCCCCGGACAAGUCGGUGCGCGAAUUCAUAUUGCGAAUGGCGGAGGAAGAGGGGAUAGAGCUUCCGACAUCGUAGCAUGGAGAUCACCGCCAGGAGAUCACCUGGUGCACUGUGAUCGUCAUGCCUGCGGUAAUAUCACGAAUCCCACAGAGAGGGUUAGCCUCACGCUUGAGAAUCUCAUAGCUCCCACUCCUGUGCA